GGGGGACGCAUGCGCACUCUGCCAUUGGAGCCUGCGGUGGGGCUCCUUGUGGGGCCGUGAAACGUGUGAGGGGUGUGCUGACGUGUUCCUCGUCCCGUAGCCGUUUUGGCAGAUGCUAGUCAUUUCUCAGCAUUGGUUCGGACUUUGCACGCGCUGUGUUUUUGUCCAGCCUCUUUUCGGAAACUGGCCAGCACGUGGGUAUGUCAUGGUGGGCAGCACUCGCUUAUCUGUCAAGUCUGGUCAGUCCGAGCUGUGCAGUGUGCGAGAUCAACACAGGCGGGAGCUGCAACGUGUCUCCCUGCAAGUGGUGGCGCAAGGCACAGUGCACAAUCGUCGGCGAGGACCCGAACGCCGAGGAUUUCAGUUUCCGCAUAUUCAAGUACAGCAAGAACUGCACCUGCCCUGAGGGAACAUGCGCCAAGGGCCCGUUCGGCGAGUGCGUGAAAACGGGCUCAUGCCCAAGAUACACGGGCCAGUCGUGCGCGGUCUGCCUGGCCACUGGUCUGUGGUGCUGCGGCGACGGGCAACACUGCUCCAGCGCCGGGGCAUGCCAGUGCAAGCCCGGGUCUUGCUUCGAUGGGACGGCUUGUGUGCGAGGCCACGACGAGGACCUUGCCGCCAUGGCUGGAGAGGACGGCGGAGAUACACUAGGCGCGCUCGCCCCUGCGGUGCUGGGUGCACUGGCGGUGUCGGCGAUCGGUGCCAGUCGGAGGUGCCUGGCGGGCCUCGAGGCCUCUGGCCAGCCCCGGCUGAGCAGCCCGCUGCUCGGCGAGUCCUGACGAGCUGGAAGGCAGCACCGUGCGCCGAGGUCGUAUUGCUGCUUGGGUGGAGGUCGAAAACGGGCCACCACGUGCUGCACCCGAUCGUCUCUUGAUGUGCACGGACCGCCAUCAUGUUUCCUACAGUUCGGCGGGCACCUGACCAAUAUAUGAUGGGACGCAGUUGCACUUGCGGGGGGGCAUCAUAAGUCCGUUCGAAUUAGCUGUAGGCGAAAAAGGUGAUUGGAAAUAGCAGCGCAAAAGCAGUAUCACCUUGGAUCCCGUUCUCUUCUGCCGCGCCUUCUCUUUUGCAUGUUAUUUCGCUUCCUCCACCUCGGUCUCAUGUUCCUCCUCGCAGCCUUUGGCCGCUUAGCCUCUCCUCUUUCUGUUUCUCAUGUGUUUGCUUUCGUGUGUAUGCGAUCCCUCCGGAUCUCCGACGUUGGAUCUGACUACCCAGGCUAUGUCGCGUCCCGUCACAGAAACCCAGACGCACAGUCGUGAC